CGAAAUAUCCGCAUUUCUUAUCUUGGCACGAGGCAGGAACCCCGCACGAACCAAAAUCGCGGUCAAUUGAGUUGGUUGAAGUCUGGACUGACAGAUAAGCGGUCUAUUUGCUCGGCAAUUGGAGAUCCAAGUACAUAAUUGACAAUUCCCUCUCAUUCCCUCAAUCUUAAAAGCGGUCGAGACUCAAUUGACCAUCACCUCCCCAAUAGCCCAACUCAUUUGAAGAUGACCUCGAACCCCUCCUACCUCAUCAUCGGCGCCGGGGUCUUCGGUGUCUCGACUGCCUACCACCUCAUCCAGAAAUACCCCAACGCCUCGAUAACUCUAGUAGACCGCGAUGCAUACGACGCCGACUCUCGCGUGGCCGCAUCCUGGGACUGGAACAAGGUGAUCCGCGCCGACUACGACGACAAAGUGUACUGCAAACUAGCCCUCGAGGCGCAAGACAUCUUCAAAUCCGAUCCGCUCUGGCAGCCGUAUUUCCACCAGACCGGCGUCUACUGGACGUGUCGCAGCAGCUACGCCCAAAACGUCAUCACCAACCACAAGGAGCUCGGCCGCGACGACGACAUCAUUGCCCUGCCGGUCGCCGAGGCGCGGAAGCUGUAUGGCGGCAUCUUCGACAACGCGGACUACACCGGUGUCAAGGAGGUUCUUAUCAACCGGGCCAGUGGCUGGGCCGCUGCUGGGGAUGCUCUGCGUGCUGUCACGAAGAGGUGUCUCGAGUUGGGCGUCAAGUACGUGACGGCUGACAUUGCCGCGCUGGAAUUCGAUGGUCGGGGCUCUUGCACCGGAGUCAAGACGAAAUCGGGUCAGGUGUUGUCGGCGACGCGUGUGAUCGUCGCUGCUGGCGCUUUUACGCCCACGCUGCUGGAGUGGAGCGCUUUGAGGAGCGGAAACCCUGGUCUUCGUGCUGGAGAGCGGAUCCUGGCCGCGGGUAUUACGACGGGAAUGGCGCAGCUCAAUGAGGAGCAGUACGAGAAGUAUAAAGACAUGCCUGUCGGCUUCCAGGGCUACACACCUGAAGAGGGCAAGCCCUUCAUCGGCAGCCUCCCGCCUACUGCGGACAAAGAGCUCAAGUGGUGGGGUUCGAAGAUCUUUACAAACACAAGAGAGGUGGUCCCGGGUCGUCAUAUCUCUUCGCCUCCCUCGACCUUCGACUACAACCAAUGGAAGGUCCCCGGGCCACUGAAGCAGGACAUUAUCGAGUCCCGAAAUCUAUGGUACGGGCCCGCCAGCGCGGACUGGGAGAUGACGAAGCACCGAAUUUGCUGGGACGCUUUCACAACCACCUCUGACUUUAUUAUUUCGCCCCACUCGGCAUCAAAGGGCCUCUACGUCGCCACUUGCGGCUCGUUCCACGGCUACAAGUUCUUCCCCGUGCUGGGCAAGUAUGUCGCGCAAAUGCUCGAGGGCGAACUGGAGCCGGAAUUGGCAGAGAAAUGGGCCUGGGAUAGACAGCGACCUGAUUCAUCCCAGAACGUGGAGUACCCGAAUGCUGAGAUGAAGCAUCUCUUGCAGCCUACAUCGAAGCUAUAGUGGAAUGGAAGAUGGAAGAUAGCUAUCAUAGAAUCUACUUUGAGCACUUUCAG